CGGCAACUAUCCGCGGCUGCUGCAGCUUAGACCGCACCGGUGGCGAACCGGUACUUCAAAGAAGCGCUUGGCCUUGCUGUGUUAACACAUAUAUUGGCAACCGUCACAUAUAUUGCUCGCUGCGACGAUAGCUCAGCUCUCCGUUUCCCGGCUCGCAUGCCAGUCAUUGGUUUCCCUUCCGCUAGUCGGCGAAUCGGCUGCUUCUAUAGGUAGUCAUGGUUCACGACUAUUCGAGGAACACCUUUCCUCGAUCGCAUUGGGUGGGAGACGGAUUCCCAGUUGAACAACAAGCUGAUGACGGCCGAUACCACGAAGUUUCCGGAGUACGACGGCCACCUAUCAGUAUCGACAAGGCACUCCGCGAGCAGUGCAAUAUCCCCGCCAAAUCCUACUUCGUCGCCGUACUGCUCGAUGACGACUCUACAGCGUAUUUUGCAGGGCCGUCCUCGAUACCCGAACAGGACCUCCCAAACUUCUUCAGCAUACCCGGAUACCUUCGCUACCUCAAACGUCAAGGACCAGGAGUUGCGACUCCCUCGUACGAAGAUCCCAGUUUCCAAUUCGACAAUGAGUACCAUCGGCAACCUGCCGGUCCUCAUUACCCGAGUCGCCGAGGCUAUGACAGGCGGCGCACCAACCAAGGGGCAGAUCUUUUUGACGACGAGAACUUCUCCUUGAAGACGAGGAAGCGUCCGAGGGCCAAUGUGUUCCGCCGUGAUAUGGACGACGACGACGCUCCAAUCCCCAUCACUUCUUCCAAAAAGGGGAUCAAGAUUGGAAACACGGACGAGGUGUGGAAGUUCUACGACCAACGCUUCAGGAAUUGCCAGCAGACAGCUUGCAAGCUCAUUGCCAAGGCCUGGGUGAAGGCCGUGGAGCCCAAGAAACAAUCCAACCACCCGUACACUGGCAGUGAUGAGAAGGCUCCCGAGUGGUGGCCCAAGCCGUGGGGACCGACUCGGGACGAGAAAGUCCGACACAAGGAGCCCGACCAUCUCUACAAAAAAGAGCGUGUCCAUCUUUUGAAUCACAUCCUCAGGAUGGUCGUCGAGCCCAACGCCAAGCAGCAUGCUGAUAUCCAGAAGUUGAACCUGAAUGUCACAAAGUUGGAGGAGGUCACGAUGGAUGCGUUGUCGGCUUUCUUCGCCGACAAGGAGAACAUGAACAACUCGAAAAAGAAACCGUUCCUGAAAGAGAUCUUCAAGGUCGCCAAGUUCGAGGAGAGGUACAAGAAUGGAGAGAUUGAUGGCGAUACGUGUGUCUUCGUCAUGGCCGAUGACAAGAUACCGGACAAUUACCAAUCCGACAACGACGACAACAACGCGGCGAAGGACGACCAAAACGACCCUGCGUCGGUAUCGUCAAGCGUGUCUCCGCACAAAACGACGCCCCCGAACGGCUUGAUCCCGGCCUCGAAUGCUGACCAAAGCCAAGCCGCACCUCUCCAAGCCGGCCCCUUCAUUGGCGAGCUCCCCGUUCGGACAGCGCAAUAUGUCCCGCCCAUGGUACCCCCUGAUCUCGGCCAAGAACAGCACGGAUAUGUCGAGGGAGGGGGGAUGGCGGUUGGGUCCCAGAGUCAUCAACUACAGCCGCACGCGAGCAUGGCCAUGGCAGAGAUCUGUGCCAACCCCCAUGAUGCGGGCCGUCGACCAUCCCUGUUCAGCUCGCCCACAGAAUACUCGACUCCGUCCGGCCCUGGGAUGUAUUCCGGCAAUUGGCAGUCGGGCACGACCGCACCGAGCAACGCUCCCAUGUACGCGUUCACACCACACCAGCAGCACCCCGGUCAAGCGCCCUUCGUCCAACCGUCGAGUGUCCCCCUCGGUCAAGGACAGCAAUACAUGGGGGGGUCAUUCGACGGCAUGACAAGAGGUUACGACCCCCACCAGGCCAGCCUGUUCCGCCCUGGAGCAGUUCAUAAUCCGGUACCCCAACCUCAGGGCUAUUCGGGCUAUAUUGAGAACCGCGCCAUCCCCAACGCAAACUUAAAAAUGGAGCCCCUGGGACGGUCACGACUACACUAAGCCUGAAGGCUGGCACUAGUUACCGCCGAGUCGUCCCUUUGCGGCGAGCUGCGGUAUUUGCCAGGGACGGCAUGCAUUUUUCCUCUGCAGCGUGGUUUGGCUCGAGUCUUCGCCAGAUACAACGCCAGCCGUCGGCUUUACAGCCAUUUCCGACUCUACCAUGAUGAGAUAUAUGACCCGGCGCCGCACAGUUAUAGAAACCGCUAGUGGGCACUUGCUGGCUGCAGCACAGCCGCGUCCCCUUUGCUAGAGGCCAUAAUAUAUCACCAGUCCGGCCUCAAUUUUUAUUGUCCAUUGAACAUUUUCAUCCUUUUACA